AUGCUUCUGCAGUGGCAUCUUGGUGCGUGUGCUGUACUCAUGGCUCAGAGGAGGGCUGCAGGUGGCUGCUGCUGUUGCUCCCGAGCUCCCCUGAAUGAAGACAAUGCUCGUUUCUGCUUGCUGGCUGGCCUCAUCCUUCUCUACUUGCUGUGUGGAGCGGCCAUCUUCUCGGCUCUGGAGCACCCCUUCGAACUCCGUGCCAGGCUCCUCUGGAAACAGCAGCUGGAGAACUUCACCAGGCGGUACAGGGUCAACCUGGGUGCCCUGCACACCUUGCUGCGGCAGUAUGAACAGGCAAACGGAGCAGGGAUCAGAGUGGACAUACUGAGGCCACGCUGGGACUUUUCUGGAGCCUUUUACUUUGUGGGGACUGUGGUCUCUACUAUUGGUUUCGGCAUGACCACACCAGCAACCAUAGCUGGAAAGAUAUUCCUUAUCUUCUAUGGCCUCAUUGGCUGUGCAGCCACUAUCCUCUUCUUUAACCUCUUCCUCGAAAGGAUCAUCACCAUGUUGGCAUACAUCAUGCGUUGGUGUCAUGAGCGACGAUUAAGGUGUGGAGGAGCGGGUGUGAUGUCGAGCAGAGAGGAGUCAUCUGGUGAGGAGGACAGCCUGGAAGGCUGGAAACCAUCAGUCUAUUAUGUCAUGCUGAUUCUGGGACUGGCAUCUGUUGUGAUUGCCUGCAGUGCCUCUACUCUGUACAGCUCCAUGGAGAACUGGAGUUAUGUGGACUCUCUCUACUUCUGCUUUGUGGCAUUCAGCACCAUCGGCUUUGGGGACCUGGUGAGCAGUCAGAGAGAACACUAUGAAUCUCAAGGGGCCUACCGGCUUGGAAACUGCCUUUUCAUCCUAAUGGGAGUAUGUUGUAUCUACUCGCUUUUCAAUGUCAUUUCUAUCAUCAUCAAGCAAACUCUCAACUGGAUCCUGGGUAAGCUAGUCUGUUCUGGGCAACACAAGCUCUGUUCCUUCCCCUGCCUUCGAACCAAAACCCAAAACCAAAGGCGUCCGGCUGCACGCCUCAGACUUAAUCGCAUGAAACGCAAUGCUGUGCAACCCGUCUCCACCCAGUGCCCCAUAGGCAGGCAACGCUACACAGAUGGCUCUGUGGAAACUGUGUGCGAUAGUGAGACAGAUGCUGGUGCAGGGGCUGAAGUACACCUGGGCCGUCGUCUGUCAGGAGAGAUGAUCUCUGUCAAUGAGUUCAUGGUGUCUAAUAAGGUGUCUCUGGCACUGCUGCAGAAGCAGCUUAGUGAAACUGCUCACCAAGGGCCACGACAGAGCUAUGGGCACCAAAACGGUUUUUCUGGUGGGGUGGGGGCCUUGGGGAUUAUGAACAAUCGCCUACAGGAAACCAGUGUGGAUAGAUAG